AUGGGACGAGGAGGAAAAAAGAAAACUAAACAAGGCAUAGAUAAAGAGAUGAGUGAAGAAUCAUCUCAAUCACAACCAAGUACAUCCACUGCAACAGUUGCUGUGGAACCAAAACAAGAAGUUGUAACUCAACAAGUUACACCAACAAUCGAAAAAAAAGCUGUAUCAGCUCAGGUUCAGCAACCAAAAGAUGAAUCUAAAGAAGAAACAGGUGGGUUAGGCCUCGAUUUAGGUGAAGGAAGAAAAAGGCGUCCUAAGAAAAAGAAACCAGCUACGAUUGUAGAACAGAAGCCGUCUGAAGAUGUUGCGCAACUUAAAGUCGAAAAUAUCUCAUUAGAACAGGAAUCGCAAUCCCAUGAAGCACCUAUAGCGGUAGCAACGCAGCCGUCUACGUCUCCUUUGUCGGGGGGCACAAGUGAAUUUCCAGGUCUCGGUAGGGCUAGGGGUACGGGGAGGGGUUGGGGUGUUCCUCAGCAAACUCCUCAAAGUGGAGCUCGAUCGGUCCCAGCCCAGCAAUUCCCUGGCCAGCAGCAAUUUGGAGCUCAAUCGGCCCCAGGUCAGAAAUUCCCUGGCCAUCAGCAAUUUGGAGCUCAAUCGGCCCCAGGUCAGCAAUUCCCUGGCCAGCAGCAAUUUGGAGCUCAAUCGGUCCCAGGUCAGCAAUUCCCUGGCCAGCAGCAAUUUGGAGCUCAAUCGGCCCCAGGUCAGCAAUUCCCUGGCCAACAGAAAAGUGGAGCUCAAUCACGCCCAGUACAGCAACAACCCGGACAGCAGAAAAGUGGAGCUCAAUCACGACCUGGACAACAACAACCUUCACAAAUACAACAAAGCAGGUCCUCGAGUCUUGCUUCUGUAGCAUCAUCUUCGAGCAGCGGUGCUUUAAGCCGGUAUAAAAUACCGUCAAGAAUAGAAGGCCGCUCGGUCAGUAGUACAAAAAUUAAAAUUUUGACUAAUUACUUGGAAAUGAAAAUUAAGGACGUCAAAGUUCAUCGCUAUGAUAUUUCGGUUAAACCCGACAAGCCCAAGAAAAUUGCACAAAAGGCUUUUGCUGUAGUGAAAGAAAAACAUUUUCCUAAAUCUGUAAUUGCAUUCGACCAAAGGAAGAAUUGUUACACUCUAACACCUCUCUGGAAAGGCUCUGAUGAAAGAGUCAGUUAUAAUGUGGAAGUGGCUGACGAUAAUAAAGUUAAAAUGCCUUUUGAAGUAUCAUUGAAGACGACUGGCAUUAUUGAUCUUGGGAGGAUUUUAAAUCACAUCAAAACGGGAGACUCCUCUUUGAAUACGCCCAGCGAAGCUAUACAGGCUAUAGAUGUCAUUUUACAACAGGGCACACUUGAAAAUUAUGUUAAGGUGGGAAGACAAUUCUUCAAACGUCCACAGAAUCCAAUAGAUUUAGGUUUUGGAUUGGAAAUGUGGACUGGUCUAUUUCAGUCAGCAAUAUUCACUUGGCGGCCAUUCAUAAAUAUUGACGUGGCCCACAAAGGUUUUCCAAGAACCCAAUCUGUAUUGGAUGCAUAUAUGAAAGAUUUUAAUUUGAAUCCAAAUCAAAGUCUUGAACAACAAAGGGGAUAUAAUAUCGAAUUGUUCAAGCAAUAUUUAAAGGGACUUAAGGUGAAGGCAUUUGUUGGAGGCGAUUCUAGUGGCAAAGUACGCGAAUACAUUGUGAAUGAUGUACGGGAUCCUCCGAGCAAACUAACAUUUGAAAUGACGGAUGCUAAAGGACAAACGAAGAGAAUGUCGGUGGCAAAUUAUUUCCUUACUGAGAAAAAAUUAAGACUGCGAUAUCCAAACGUCAAUUGUUUGUGGGUUGGUCCCAAAAACAAGAACAUCUUCUACCCGAUGGAAUUACUUCAAGUCUCUUAUGGCCAGGCGUUAAACAAGCAACUGAAUGACAGACAGCUUCAGACUAUGGUACGCGAGGCAGCUACUCCGCCAUGUGAGAGAUUGAAUAAAAUUAAAGAAGUUAUUAACAAUAUGAAUUAUCCAGCUAAUCCAAUAUUCAAGCAUUUUAAGUUGGAGAUUGAGAAGGACUUUUUCAAAGUCGAUGCAAAAAUAUUGCAAGCUCCGAAGCUAGAUGUUGGUGCUGGAAGAGGGGUUGUGCCCAGGAAUGGGUCAUGGCAGGCUAAUCGUUUCCUAAAACCUAGCGCAUUGGAAUCCUGGGGACUCAUAGCAGUAGAGGCAAAUCCAAAUGAUUGUAGAUGCGACGAUUUUAUGCAAAAUAUAAACCGUAUCGGUAAACAGAUGGGAAUGACUGUGAAUGCGCCAAAGUAUUACAACUUCAAUGUUAGGUCUUUGGAUUUGAAGAAAACUUUGUACACUGCAUAUGAAAAGGGUGUCAAUUUCUUAUUCAUCAUUGUUGGCGGAAGAGAUAAGAAUUGUUAUCAUAAAGUUAAACAAAUAGCGGAAUUGGAAGUCGGUUUACUAACGCAAUGCAUAAAAGAGUUUACAGCAAAAGCAAGGAUGAGCGAUCAAACCAUCCGAAAUAUACUUUUAAAGGUAAAUUCAAAACUGAUGGGUGUGAACCAAGCGCUGGACGCGUCAUCUAUACCGAGGUGCAUCAGUGAAGGCGGUGUUAUGUUGGUUGGCGCUGACGUCACUCACCCCUCCCCUGAUCAGACAUCAGUUCCCAGUAUUGCAGCUGUUACAGCCUCUUUUGACAAUUUCUGCUUCAAGUAUAACAUCGAACUCAGUGUACAGACACCAAAGGCUGAAAUUAUUGUGGAAUUCGAAGACAUGAUUUUUGAUCACUUAAAAGUCUAUAAAAGUCAUCAACGAUGCCUUCCGAGGAAGAUAUAUGUGUUCCGAGAUGGUGUGUCGGAGGGACAGUUUGCUCAGGUUAUGAACAGUGAAUUGGUUGCUAUUGAAAAGGCCUACAGUCGCUUGGAUCAAGACAGGAAACCGGAAAUUCUAUUCCUUUUGGUACAGAAGAGGCAUCACACGAGGUUCUUUUUGGGAGAGAGGGAUCGUCAAAACGUUGAACCCGGUACAGUUGUCGACACAGAAAUCGUUCAUCGUAGUGAACUUGACUUUUAUUUGGUGUCCCAUUCAGCUCUGAAGGGUACAGCUCGCCCCACAAGGUACCACGCGGUCGCUAACGACGGUGGUCUCCCUUCAGACGAGGUCGAACAACUCACGUAUUACUUGUGUCACUUGUACUCUAGAUGUAUGAGAUCAGUUUCAUAUCCAACGCCCACAUACUACGCACACUUAGCAUGUCUCAGAGCUCGAUCCCUUACAUUGUAA